AUGGCGGUGGAUGCCAGAAAGGACAUGUCGCAGUUUCGAGCUAUUGUUCUGAUUGCUGUCGACGAGAGUGACCCGGCGGAGUUUGCUUUUAACUGGUAUAGAGACUACAUUCAUAAACCUGAAUACUUCACAGUUUUACUUCACUGCACAGACCAGAACGAUCAGGAAAUUAGAGACGCCA